AUGAUCAAGCCACCCUCGGAGAUCCAGAUUACCUCCCGCCAAAUUCGUCAAUGGGAGCGGAUCCCUAACACCUCCAUCCAAUCCAAGCCUCUCAUGGUCUACCACCAAGCGUUCGAUGCUUCGUCCGAUGAACUAUCAAAGCACUUAGAAAAGAUCGGUGAAGUCUCGCCGAGCUGGACAUAUUCUAUGUAUACCCAGACGCAUUUUCAUUCUACGAGCCAUGAAGUCUUGGGUGUCGUCUCCGGUUCGGCGAAACUGUGCUUCGGCGGCGAGGGUAACCCAGACCGAUUUGAACCCGAGGUCUCCAAGGGGGAUUUGAUAAUAGUCCCCGCUGGUGUAGGUCACCGGCUUCUCUCCGAGACCGAUAAAGCGCAAGGGCCAUUCCAGAUGGUCGGUGCUUAUCCGCAGGGCAAGUCUUGGGAUAUGUGUUACGGCCGAUCGGGAGAGGAAGAUAGCUGUCGCAACAUUGAAAGCUUAGACUGGUUCCAAUCGGAUCCGCUAUACGGAAAGGAAGGGCCUGCAAUGCAAGCCUGA